AAGGCACAGUGAGUACACAUCUGACACCAAAUCAGACACCUCAUCUCUUUCCAGAUACUCAUCAUGGAUAUCCCCAUCCAGUACCCCUGGUACCGCCGGGCCUUCCCGUACAGACGUACCGACCUGUCCUUCGCAGAGUCUCUCACGGAUUGGCCUCUGGUCUGGCCUUUCCCGUGGUCCUUCGCUUGGAUGCGUCCAUCCUUCAUGCGCUGGUUAAACUGGCCCGAGAACGGACACAGUGAGAUGCACGUGGAAAAGGAUCGCUAUGUGAUUUAUCUGGAUGUGAAGCAUUUCUCACCGGAUGAGCUGAGCGUCAAUGUCAGCGACGAGUUCAUCACAAUACACGCCAAACAUGAAGACAGACAGGACGACCAUGGCUUCGUGUCCAGGGAGUUCCUGAGGAAGUAUAGGCUCCCCUCCGGGAUAUCGUGUGCUGACAUCACCUCCAGUUUGUCGGUCGAUGGCGUGCUGACUAUCACCGCGCCCAGGUCUUCACCCGGCCCAGAGCGCAACAUUCCGAUAUCCUGUGAGGAUGGAUCAGCCAAACAGAAAAUGUAGAGCCGCGUCGGAAAAGGAAGCAUCCGACGCAGUUUCACGAUACUAAUCCUCAUGAUUACUAAAAGUGUGUUUGUAUUUAACUUGUUUUGUGAGCAGGUGAGUGCAUGUAUAGGUGGGGCAGCCAUGUCUAGUGUAGAGCCUGCUAAUAAACUAGUAUCUAACUUACUACUAUUGUCACAUGCCUGCAAAACAUAGAUUCAUAGGUUAGGGUAUUAUCAAAAAGAUGCACAGCCAAUACUGAAAACCAAAUAUUACACCACCUUGAAUGUAAAAGUGCUAAUAUUUUCAAUCGGAUCCAAACAAAAAAAUGAUUGUUAUAGUGCCUGGAUGAGUGAGUCCAUUUUUUUCUACGUGUGUGUGUGUUCUCCAGAGGCGUCGUUUGUGUAUUAGCUCGGGACCAUGGGUGUGCUUCAAUGAGAAGGGGUAAACAGGUAUUGGAUGAAGAAGGAAACUACUGUUUUAAUGAUAUAACCUGUAUUUAUGUAUGUGUGUGUCGCAUGAGUGAGAACGAGCUCAAUGAUGAUGAUGAAGAUGAUCCCCCUAGGAAAUGGUAACAAUCCCCUGGUACAAUUAACUGAAAAUACAUAGAAUAAACAUUGAAGUAUAAAACUAAA